AUGUCUGAGUAUACCAAGUUAAGACCUGUGGAGUUUGAUGGGACAGCUGGAGACCCUCUGGACUUUUUGGAUGAGGUUGAAAAGAGGGCGUCUGAUUUGCACUGUUCUGACAGGAGGACCAUCGAGAUGGCCGGGUUUUCCUUGAAGGGAAUAGCAUCCCAGUGGUUCAGAGAUUAUAUCCGCCCUUUUCUGGAUGGGUUGUCGUGGAGGCAAUUCAGAGACAGAUUCAAAGAGUACUUCAUCCCUUUCAGUGUAAGGCAGGAGUACAGGGAGAGGUUUGAAAGGUUAGUCAAGGGAGAAUCAUCUGUGGCUGAGUACACCAUGCAAUUUGUUCAGCUGAGUAGGUAUGCAUCAUAUGCUGUGGGGACUGAGGAGCAGAAGAACAGCAAAUACAUUUCAGGGCUCGGCCCAGAGUUUGUUUCCUUGGUUCAAUCUAGGAGGAGCAACUUCCUAGAAGUUACUGACAUGGCGAGGCAGAUGGAGAUGACGCUACGAGGGUUUAGUCAAGGGACUGACGAUUGUAGGAAGAAGAAAACCAGGGUUGAGGGUCAGUCCGGUGCGCAGCCUGUCGUGCCGUACCAUGGUAGUAGAAGUUACUCUGGCGGUACCGACCAGCAGACCAGACAGAGAGGUCACCGUGUCCAAAGAAAGGGUAGGCAUAAUCGGAGGAGUAAUCGAGUAUUUCGACCGGGCUUGAUGGUAGUGGGCGUAGUUCUACAGACUAGUUGGGCCAAGACUUGCGGAUGUGUGGCAGGUCACAUCAGGGACCGUGCCUAA